GCACGGCGGAGCGCUCCCGCGGCGGGCACGGCAGCAGUGCAGCCCCUUCCCAGCCCAGCGCCCCGUGGCCGAAGGGACCGCGGCCACCCCGCGCCGCCCCGGCCAUGAGGUCGGGCCGGAGAGACGCCACCUGUGCGGGGAGGUGAGCGGAGCCCCGGAGCCUUCCUCCUACCCCCGGGCAGCCACAGCGGCGGGGAAGCGCAGGGGGUGGAGGAAGGAAAAGGGAUAUUUUUUGUUUUAUUAUAUAUCGAUCUAUUUUUGCCGCGAUCGAUCCCGAUCCCGCAACUGAAGCCCCCGGAGGGAGAAGUGCUGCGCGCUGUGAUGCGUCUUCCUCUCGCCUCGGCUGCCAGUUUGGAUUGUAGCGCCCGGCUCCGUGCACUGCGAGGAUGGCUCGGUUUGGGGAUGAUCUGCCAACCCGCUAUGGAGGUGGAGGGCCGGCCGGGGCUGGAAGAGGGAGCAGCCGGCAAGGUGGCCCCCAAGCCGGCCAAAGGAUGUAUAAACAGUCGAUGGCUCAGAGAGCCAGGACUAUGGCUCUCUACAAUCCCAUCCCUGUCAAACAGAACUGCUUCACAGUCAACAGAUCCCUCUUCAUCUUCAGUGAAGAUAAUGUUAUACGGAAAUACGCCAAGCGAAUAACAGAGUGGCCUCCAUUUGAAUACAUGAUUUUAGCUACAAUCAUAGCCAAUUGUAUUGUGCUGGCUCUGGAACAACAUUUGCCGGAUGGAGACAAGACACCGAUGUCAGAGAGAUUGGAUGACACUGAGCCGUACUUUAUUGGAAUAUUUUGUUUUGAAGCUGGUAUCAAAAUCAUCGCUCUGGGCUUUGUUUUUCACAAAGGCUCUUACCUGCGCAAUGGCUGGAACGUGAUGGAUUUUGUCGUGGUCCUCACAGGGAUUCUGGCCACUGCUGGGACUGAUUUUGACCUGCGGACCCUGCGAGCUGUGCGGGUGCUGCGGCCCCUGAAACUCGUGUCAGGAAUCCCAAGCCUGCAGGUUGUCCUCAAGUCCAUCAUGAAGGCCAUGGUGCCCUUGCUGCAGAUUGGGCUGCUCCUCUUCUUCGCCAUCGUGAUGUUUGCCAUCAUCGGGCUGGAGUUUUACAUGGGCAAGUUCCACAAAACCUGCUUUUCCAACGAGACAGGUGAGGAGGUGGGGGAUUUUCCCUGUGGAGAGGAGCCUCCUGCCAGGCAGUGUGAGAGCGGGACCACGUGCAGGGAGUACUGGCAGGGCCCCAACUAUGGCAUCACCAACUUUGACAACAUCCUCUUCGCCGUGCUCACCGUCUUCCAGUGCAUCACCAUGGAGGGCUGGACCGACAUCCUCUACAAUACAAACGACGCUGCAGGAAACACCUGGAACUGGCUUUACUUCAUCCCUCUCAUCAUCAUUGGCUCUUUCUUCAUGCUCAACUUGGUGCUGGGCGUCCUAUCAGGUGAAUUUGCCAAGGAGCGGGAGCGGGUGGAGAACCGCCGGGCGUUCCUGAAGCUCCGCAGGCAGCAGCAGAUCGAGCGCGAGCUCAACGGCUACCUGGAGUGGAUCUUCAAAGCAGAGGAGGUGAUGCUGGCCGAGGAGGACAAGAACGCCGAAGAGAAGUCCCCUCUGGACGUGUUGAAAAGAGCCGCAAUAAAGAAGAGCAAAAAUGACCUGAUUCAUGCAGAAGAAGGUGAGGACCAUUUCACAGACAUUUGCUCCGUUGGGUCUCCCUUUGCCCGUGCCAGUUUGAAGAGUGGGAAGAACGAGAGCUCGUCCUACUUCAGGAGGAAGGAGAAGAUGUUCCGCUUCUUCAUCCGCCGCAUGGUGAAGGCUCAGAGCUUCUACUGGGUCGUGCUCUGCGUGGUGGCCCUCAACACCCUCUGUGUGGCCAUGGUGCACUAUGACCAGCCCGAGAAGCUGACCACUGCUCUCUAUUUCGCAGAGUUUGUUUUCCUGGGGCUGUUCCUCACUGAGAUGUCUCUGAAGAUGUAUGGGCUGGGGCCAAGGAAUUACUUCCACUCUUCAUUCAACUGCUUUGACUUUGGGGUGAUCGUGGGCAGCAUCUUUGAGGUGAUUUGGGCUGCAGUGAAGCCGGGCACCUCCUUUGGCAUCAGCGUCCUGCGCGCCCUGCGGCUGCUGAGGAUCUUCAAAGUGACCAAGUACUGGAAUUCCCUGAGGAAUCUGGUGGUCUCCUUGCUGAACUCCAUGAAGUCCAUCAUCAGUUUGCUUUUCCUGCUGUUCCUGUUCAUCGUGGUCUUUGCUCUGCUGGGGAUGCAGCUCUUCGGAGGGCAGUUCAAUUUCCAAGAUGAAACUCCAACCACGAAUUUCGAUACCUUCCCUGCUGCCAUCCUCACAGUCUUCCAGAUCCUGACGGGCGAGGACUGGAACGCUGUGAUGUACCAUGGGAUAGAGUCACAGGGCGGCGUCCAUUCCGGAAUGUUCUCCUCCAUCUACUUCAUCGUGCUCACCCUGUUUGGUAACUAUACUCUCCUGAACGUCUUCUUGGCCAUCGCUGUGGACAACCUGGCCAAUGCCCAGGAGCUGACCAAGGACGAGGAGGAGAUGGAGGAAGCCACCAACCAGAAGCUGGCCCUGCAGAAGGCCAAGGAGGUGGCUGAAGUGAGCCCCAUGUCAGCAGCCAACAUCUCCAUAGCUGCCAAGCAGCAGAAUUCCUCCAAAUCCAAGUCGGUUUGGGAGCAGAGGACGAGCCAGAUCCGGAUGCACAACUUCCGAGCCAGCUGUGAGGCGCUGUACAACGAGCUGGACCCCGAGGAGCGCGUCCGCUACGCCACCACCCUGCACAUCCGUCCCGACAUGAAAACCCACCUGGACCGGCCGCUGGUCGUGGAGCCCCGUGGCGAAGGCAGGAACAACCUCACCAAGCUGAGCCCCGUGGAUGUCCAGGAGGUGGUGGAGCACCCCAAACCCACCUCCGCUGAUGGGGCAGAAGCGCCAAGGAAGCACCACCGGCAUCGGGAGAAGGAGAAGCUGGGAGAGCAGGAGAAGGGAGAUGUCACCAAGGAGGAGAGUGGCGAGGCCGGGGCUGGCACCAAGGAGGAGCGGCACCGGCAGCACCGGAGCCGCAGCAAGGAGGUGGAAGGGGGCAGCAAGGAAGGGAAAAGCGACCGUACCAGGGGGCAGGAAGGGGGCAAGAGGCACCACCGGCGGGGCUCGGUGGAGGAAGGAGCCGAGAAGGAACACCGGAGGCACCGCAGCCACCGGCACUCCUCCGACCGGCCUGGCAAGGAGGGCAACGGCACCGCCAAUGGUGCCCGCGGCGAGCGGCGCUCCCGGCACCGCGGAGGGUCCCGCUCCGGGAACAGGGAUGGAGAGCCCGGGGCCAAGGGGGACAGCGGAGAGGAGCCCCACCGGCGGCACCGGCUCAGGAACAGGGCCCUGUCCACCUACGAGUCCGUGGAGAAGGACAGCGGGGAGAAGGAGGGGGAGGCUGCCGAGAAGGAGCACCGGAAUCACCAGCCCAAGGAGAACCAGUGUGAGAUGGAGGCCAGUGGCAGUGGCAGUGGCCCUGGCAGUGUCCCUGUGCACACCCUGCCCAGCACUUACCUGCAGAAGGUGCCCGAGCAGCCGGAGGAUGCCGACAACCAGAAGAACGUGACCAGGAUGAUUCAGCCCCCCCUGGACAAAACCACCACUGUGAACAUCCCUGUCACCAUCACUGCCCCUCCAGGGGAAACCACUGUCAUUCCAAUGAACAACGUGGAGUUUGAAAGCAAAACAGAGGAGAAGAAAGACGUCGAUGACCUGACCAAAAAUGGGCCUAAACCAAUCCUGCCUUACAGCUCCAUGUUCAUCCUCAGCCCCACAAACCCGAUCCGCCGCCUGUUCCACUACAUCGUCAACCUGCGCUACUUCGAGAUGGUGAUCCUGAUCGUCAUCGCCCUCAGCAGCAUCGCCCUGGCUGCAGAGGACCCUGUCCAGGCUGAGUCUCCCAGGAAUGAUGCUCUGAAAUACCUGGAUUAUAUAUUUACAGGAGUCUUCACCUUUGAGAUGGUGAUCAAGAUGAUUGACUUGGGGCUGCUGCUCCACCCUGGCUCCUACUUCCGUGACCUGUGGAACAUCCUGGACUUCAUUGUGGUCAGUGGGGCCCUGGUGGCUUUUGCCUUCUCAGGAACCAAAGGCAAGGACAUCAACACCAUCAAGUCCCUGCGAGUCCUGCGUGUGCUCAGGCCUCUGAAGACCAUAAAACGGCUGCCAAAACUAAAGGCUGUCUUUGACUGCGUGGUGAACUCUCUGAAGAACGUCCUCAACAUCCUCAUUGUUUACAUGCUCUUCAUGUUCAUCUUCGCCGUCAUUGCCGUGCAGCUCUUCAAGGGCCGCUUCUUCUACUGCACGGACGAGUCCAAGGAGCUGGAGAAGGACUGCAGGGGUCAGUACCUCGAUUAUGAAAAAAAUGAGGUGGAGGCACAGCCCAGGGAAUGGAAAAAAUACGAGUUCCACUACGACAACGUGCUCUGGGCUCUGCUCACGCUCUUCACCGUGUCCACAGGGGAAGGGUGGCCAACUGUGCUGAAGCACUCAGUGGAUGCCACCUACGAGGAACAGGGGCCCAGCCCUGGCUACAGGAUGGAAAUGUCCAUCUUUUACGUGGUGUAUUUUGUUGUCUUCCCUUUUUUCUUUGUCAACAUCUUUGUGGCGUUAAUCAUCAUCACCUUCCAGGAGCAAGGAGAUAAAGUGAUGUCAGAGUGCAGCCUCGAGAAAAACGAGAGGGCCUGCAUAGACUUUGCCAUAAGUGCCAAGCCCCUGACCCGCUACAUGCCUCAGAACAAGCAAUCUUUCCAGUACAAGAUGUGGAAAUUCGUGGUGUCCCCUCCCUUUGAGUACUUUAUCAUGGUCAUGAUUGCUCUCAACACCAUCGUCCUCAUGAUGAAGUUCUAUGAUGCUCCAGAAGCAUACGAAGAAAUGCUGAAAUGCCUGAAUAUUGUGUUUACAUCCAUGUUUUCCAUGGAAUGUGUGCUGAAGAUCAUUGCCUUUGGUGUGCUGAAUUAUUUCCGAGAUGCCUGGAAUGUCUUUGAUUUUGUAACAGUGUUGGGAAGUAUUACUGAUAUUUUAGUAACAGAGAUUGCGGACACGGACAACUUCAUCAACCUCAGCUUCCUGCGGCUCUUCCGGGCAGCCAGGCUCAUCAAGCUCCUCCGCCAGGGCUACACCAUCCGCAUCCUGCUCUGGACAUUCGUGCAGUCCUUCAAGGCCUUGCCUUAUGUGUGUCUCCUCAUUGCAAUGCUCUUCUUCAUCUAUGCCAUUAUUGGCAUGCAGGUAUUUGGGAAUAUUGCCUUAGAUGAUGAGACCUCCAUUAAUCGGCACAACAACUUCCGCACCUUCCUCCAAGCUCUGAUGCUCCUGUUCAGGAGCGCUACAGGGGAAGCCUGGCAUGAGAUCAUGUUGUCCUGCUUGAGCAACAGAGCCUGUGACCCCCUCUCUGGCCUCACCAAAAAGGAAUGUGGCAGUGAUUUUGCCUAUUUCUACUUUGUGUCGUUCAUUUUCCUCUGCUCCUUCCUGAUGCUGAACCUGUUCGUGGCAGUGAUCAUGGACAAUUUCGAGUACCUGACACGGGACUCCUCCAUCCUCGGCCCGCACCACCUGGACGAGUUCGUGCGGGUGUGGGCAGAGUACGACCCGGCAGCCUGCGGGCGCAUCAGUUACACAGACAUGUAUGAGAUGCUGAGACACAUGUCCCCACCUCUAGGCCUUGGGAAGAAAUGCCCAGCUCGUGUUGCCUAUAAGCGCCUGGUGAGGAUGAACAUGCCCAUCUCCCCUGAGGAUUUAACUGUGCACUUCACCUCCACGCUGAUGGCCCUGAUCCGCACGGCCCUGGAGAUCAAACUGGCCUCAGGAGGUGUGAAGCAGCACCAGUGUGAUGCUGAGCUGAGGAAGGAGAUCUCGCUGGUCUGGCCCAACCUGUCCCAGAAGACUCUGGAUUUGCUGGUGCCUCCUCACAAACCUGACGAAAUGACUGUGGGGAAGGUCUAUGCAGCCCUGAUGAUAUUUGACUUCUACAAGCAGAAUAAGAACAGCAGGGAGCAAGUCCAGCCCCCUGGGGGCCUGUGCCAGCCCGGGCCAGUGUCCCUGUUCCACCCCUUGAAGGCCACCCUGGAGCAGACGCAGCCCGCGGCCUUCAGCAACGCCAAGGCCUUCCUGCGCCAGAAGAGCUCGGCCUCCCUCAACAAUGGGGAGCCCUGUGAGCCACCCCCAGAGGGAGGCAUCAAAGAGUCCAGUUCUUGGGGGACCCAGCGCACCCAGGACGUGUUUUAUGAAACCAGGAGCCCAGCUUUUGAGCGAGGCCACUCCGAGGAGAUCCCCAUUGAGAGGGUGGUAGAAAUGAAGGAGAUCAGCCCCACAGUUGCCAAUGGAGAGCCCCAGCCAGGCCUGGAGAGCCAGGGCCGUGCAGCCUCCAUGCCACGCCUGGCUGCUGAAACCCAGCCCAUCCCGGACACGAGCCCCAUGAAGCGCUCGGUCUCCACGCUGGCCCCGCAGCGCCCUCACGCCAUGCACCUCUACGAGUACUCCCUGGAGCGCAUGCCUCCGGAGCAGGGCCACCACCACCACCACCACCGCUGCCACCGGCGCAAAGAGAAGAAGCAGAAGUCCUUGGAUAGGGCCGCCCAUCACAUGGCUGAUGGACAAGCUGUAGCCCAGUCUGGAGAGUCUUCUUCCAAGGACAAGAAGCAGGAGCGUGGCCGCUCCCAGGAGAGGAAGCAGCACUCCUCCUCCUCCUCCGAAAAGCAGCGCUUCUACUCCUGCGACCGCUACGGCAGCCGGGACCGUGCCCAGCCCAAAUCUGCUGACCAGAGCAGGCCCACCUCACCCAACGGGGGCCCAGAGCACGGCCCACACAGACAGGGCAGUGGUUCAGUUAAUGGGAGCCCCUUGCUGUCGACAUCUGGUGCUAGUACCCCCUGCCGGGGUCGGAGGCAGCUCCCACAGACUCCACUGACCCCACGCCCCAGCAUCACUUACAAGACCGCUAACUCCUCGCCCGUGCACUUCACCACUUUCCAAACCCCCACGUUCUCCCCGGGCCGCCUGAGCCGCGGGCUGUCCGAGCACAACGCGCUGCUGCGGGGAGAGCAGCAGCCGCCCCCGCCCGCCGUGGCCCGCAUCGGCUCCGACCCCUACCUGGGCCACCGCGACGAUGCCGCCGACAGCCCGCAGCGCGCCGCGCCCGAGGACACGCUCACCUUCGAGGAGGCCGUGGCCACCAACUCGGGCCGCUCCUCAAGGACUUCCUACGUCUCCUCCCUGACCUCGCAGUCGCACCAAAUCCGCCGCGUGCCCAACGGGUACCACUACACGCUGGGGCUCAACACAGGCCCCGGCGCCAGAGGACGCAGUUACUACCACGAAGCCGAUGAGGAUGACUGGUGCUAGUGGCUCAGCGGAACCCUGCGAGGUGUGCGUGCUUAAUAAGGAUGAGUUUUAUCAUCUGGAGGGCUGGGAGCUCCCGUGGGGGCCCGGGGCCAGAGGCGGCCGGCAGGGCAGCCCUGAUGAGGACUGCUCAGUGCCCAGGGCUGGAGAUGCCCCUGCAGCCUCUCUCUCCUCUGUAGUUCUUUAGUUUUUUCCUUUUUGAUUUGGUUUUUUUUUUUGCACUAGACAGAUGGAGGAAGAAGGCUCCCUCCUUCUGGGGAAGGCAGCGGGAGGAGCACAUCCCUCACUGCCCCCUCCCCACUGCCUUGUCUAGUCCCGAGACACGCACCAGGCGCCAACCCGGCCACGGAGGCGAGGAGCCGGGAGAAGAGCGAUCCUCACCUUCCACGGUGGAAAAGCAGAACUGUGGGUCCUUCUCAUGAUUGGCGCAGUUUUGUUGAGCUAUUUCUUAAUUAAUUCACCAUCAUAAUUCCCCCCUGCCAGGGUGGGAGCCGGGGGUCGCAAAAGGACUCGCGCAAACAAUGCUUGCCCCCCCCAUUUUGUCUCGUUGAGCGCUGAGAAGGAAGAGAUGCACCCAAGAAACUGGGAGAGGAGAAACACAGCCCAGAACAAAGGACAGUCCUUUGGGACUUGAUGUUCAGCCACUGCAAUCCUUUAGGGCAGAGCUGGUGCCACCCCAAGCUGACCCUGCUGUGACACCACUGCCCUGGGGGUCUCCAAUGUCACUUACCACAUCGGGUCCUUCACACUGACACACGGUAAAGCCACAAGAGAGCUCCUUUGUAAGGACUGUUUCCUUGCUGCUGAGACUUUUCAAUCCAUCCCUCUCUCCUGUUGACUGCAACACACCCUCACUGUUUUGUCUUGUUUACAAUAUAAGCUUGAUUUAGCAAAAAACAACUUAAAAAAAAAAGUCCACAAAAAAAAAAAGAACAACCCAAACAAAAAGAGGAAAAAAAAAGCGUAGGGUUGAGAAGAAGAAAUGUUAUUGGUUUUAUAUCAAGCUAUUAGAUAGAACUUUAACUUUUCAUUGUGUGCAUUUUUGUAAAUUGUACAGUAAAAAAAAAAAAAGAAAAAAAAAAGAAAAAAAAUUUCCUCUUUCUGUAGAGAAUUAGUCCAGUUGUCAUUCCAGGUCCCACCGUUUCUACCGAAUGCUCCAGUUGUUCACUACUAAGUGCCUAACCUUUGAAAUCUUUCACAGUGACGAUGCAACCUCUUGCUUCGAGGCAUCAGAGCUUGGGCGAGCGUGGGGAGGGCAGAGGGUGUGGGGCCGAGCAGCCGGAGCCUGGAGGGGCCCUGGGGUCACUGUGCCCCAGGCUGGGAGCUUCCAGCGGGGAAGGCAAACGUGCUUUGGGUUUGGUUGGCCUUUUAUUCUAUUUUAUUUUUGGUUAGAAUAUAGAAAUAUAAAUAUAUAUAUAUAGAUAUACUUUUAUGGGUGAGAGGGGAGUGAUUGCAGCAAACAAAGCUGGCCUUGUCUCAUUGCCCAGUGGAGGAAAUUGCAGGUGGGAAAGGGCAGCAUCUGCAGGGGUGUUCCUGCAGGAGAAGCAGCAUCUCCCACAGGCCAGCUGAGAGAGCUCUGGCCGUGCAUCAUUGGUGUGGAGGGCAGUUGGAGUGAGUUGUUUUUAUUGCCUGAUAGGAGAAGGUUAAAAAAAAAGUGAUGAUAAUAAUAAUAAUAAUAAUCCAAACCUCUAACUCUGAUUCUCAGGGAUGAGAUUUCUGCGUUCUUGCAAUGACUCUUGUGUUGGCUGGUUUCUUUCUUUUGUGCCCGUGUGGAUUCCUGCACUGUGAGCCUGGGAAAAGGGCAAACACGCUGUGCUGGCGGGGAGGGAGGCUGGGGGCAAAGCCCAGCCAGGACCUCCUGCCCAGGGCUCUGCUGAGCCCUUGUAGGGCUGGUUUGGGGCACAGGGCAGCCAGAGGACAUGGAGAGGUUAAAAGGUGAAAGGAGGAAGGGUGGGAGGUGCUGGGCACAUCCCUAAAGACGCCGCUAGGAAAGAGGAUAGGGUUGGAGAGGUGAAUUUUUUCAGAGGAUCUACCAAGCCCCAGACCUGUGGAACUUCUCCAGGUGCAGCGGUUGCGCAGGGUGGGUGGAAAUCCCACUGGCCCUGGCGAUCUGUUCUGUCCCUGGGUUGCUUGGAGGGGAUCAGAUGCCACCAGAACGCUCAGGAGGUCUCUCAUGCUCUCAGCAAAGUCUGUCAGCCUCAGGCAGGAGCAGUCUGCUCUAGGGUGGUUCUUCACAUCUCCUGUAGCUCUUCUCUUGAGGAAACUCAACCCGGUUUUGUUCCCUCCGGUGUUUUGUUUUAAUUUUGUUCUGUUCAGUAGCAAUCUCUGGCCGAUCUCAUCCCUGGAUUCUGCUAAAGGAUAACUCCUGUCUGUAUCUCUGUCUCUGUACUCGUGUGCACUCGGAAUAAAGGCAGUGUGGUAGCCAGAGGUCACGGCUGGCAUUCCUGGCAUUCCCAAACGGAGGGCUAUGCAACCAGAUGACACGUCCGGACACACACCCACCCCACCACCACUCCAAGACCUUCAUCCAUCUGUAGCUUUAGCUGCUGGAUUUUCCUGUUUCAGGCUUCAGCACGAUUGUGACCAAAUGUUUUAUACAUUUUCCUGAAAUGAAGGCACAAACACCUUAUUUGAAAUUUUCCAAGGGAACGUUCCUAUUUUACUGCAGGAAGUCGAGGGGAAGGGACUACACCAUCUCUCUGCCCGUGCAUGCAAACACUGUACCCACACUGGAAAGCAACAGAGAUGUCUUUCUGUACGGAAUAAUUCUGUCUUUUCCCCCUUUUCCUCUCCCAUUUUCCAUCCCCAACCCCACAGCCCUGCACUAACACAGCUUUGGGUCACCCCAAUUCAUAGGCAGAACACAAAGAAGAAUCUCAAGUUGUCCAAAUCCUCCACCCGCCUCGUAGGGGUCGAUGACAGUGACAGACAAGCCUGACCACAAUUAUCCAUAACCCUUUCCUGACAUUUUUUUACAGCCUCUCUGCUGUCUCUCCAUCUUUCCAAGAAUCCUCAUAGUGAGUUGCCAAACUUGAAUUGCACCGAUCAGUUUUCUGCAUCCAGAACCAGUCUCGUAGUGGCUGUACUUUGAAUAAGUAAUGUUUGCAUGUAAUAUAUAUACAUAUAUACAUAUCUAUAAAAAGUAUGUGCAUGGAAAAUGUUUAUCUUCGUACUUUUUUGAUACAAUGUAUUCAUCAGUUGUUAAUUUUUAAUUAUAUUUGAUAUAAAUUUGGGGGUUUGUUGCAAAACUUUAUAUUUAAAAAACAGUGUGAAAAACGAUCAAAGUUCCAACCA